CACAGCUGCAGCUUAACCUCAGACCACCAGCAACCGACGAAACAGCCGGCCAUGCGGUUCCUCCUCACGCAUCGGCCAUUAAUGGCGGCAGUGGCCGUCAUUGCCAGGCCGGCCAUUGCGCCUGUCGCCCCCCUCGGCGCCCAAUUGGCGAAUGCCCUCGUGCAGGGCCGACGACACGCCUCCGUCAAGACGCAGGGUGCCUAUAGGAAGAAGAGCAAGAGAGGCAUUCCCAAGAAGUUGGGUGCGAAGCGAACUGGAGACCAGUUCGUCAUCCCCGGCAACAUCCUCUACAAGCAGCGAGGCACCCACUGGUGGCCCGGCGAGAACUGCAUUAUGGGCCGUGACCACACGAUCCACGCCAUGGCGACCGGCUACGUCAAGUACUACCGCGAUCCCAUCCGACAUCCUGACCGCAAGUACAUCGGUGUCGUCUUCAACAAGGCCGAUACCUUGCCCUACCCCGUCCACGCGGAGACCAAGCGCAAGCUCAACAAGACGGUCUUCACCAUCAAGCCAGCCGAACCGAAGCCCGAGCUCUCGCCCUCAGGCAUCCCCUUCCAGGUCACUCGAGUGGAGGCCGGCGAGCCGGACCGCAUCCUGAAGCUGCGCAAGGAUUACAGUUACCGCGAGGACAACUGGAGAAUUGGCCGACUGGUGCAGACGACGGGUCUCAAGACUAAGCGCUUCAGGACGCGCAAGCAAUGGUUCCGACACCGGCGGUGGAGACGGGAGCGUGAGCUCGAGGGUCAGCGCAAGGCAGACGCGAAGCGGGCGGAGAGCGGCGGCGGCGGCGAGAUCAAGAUGGCCAAGCCGGUCAGCAAGAAAGCGGCCAAGAAGGCAGCCAAGAAGAGCAAGAGGUAAAGAAUUAGAGUCGGGCAAUCCAAUGCCUGAUUGGAAAGGCGUGGUGGCGUAUUGCAUCAUGCCGGGCAUGUAGGAACAUGUGUAGUCUUUGUACAGUAGCCUAAAACACAAUGUUAGAAUGCUUGUAUUUACCAUGUCUCUGCGUUUGAGCUCUGCUGAAUAUAUGUAUUCCAACAUCUACCAAUGGUCCUCAGGCACUGAGCACGUACCUGCCUAGGUUAGGACUUAUGGUGGACCAGCAUAAGGCACUUAAUUG